AGAGGUCUAGGCGCAGAGAGUUCAAAGUAGUAACGUUUGUGAAGCUAGCUACCCAGCUAACUUUCGCAUCUGGCUAACGUAUAUGGCACUGAAAUUGUUGUUGCUAGUUAUAAAUCGCGUUUAUAACUAACUUAUCGUAAGUAUUAUUUAUUAGCUAGUCUGAUUAUUUCAUUUCGUAAAUACAGAUUUUUCUUUUGGGUAACUUAACUUGGGUUAGUAUACUCAAGUAGCUAGCUAAAUUAAAUGGACCAUUCCGAUUUAGCCAGCUAUCGUGUAGCUGACGAUAUUUAGCAAGCAAGCUAGUUUAGCUGUCGUGCCGGUGCGUUUUGGUUGCUGGCUAUUUGUCUAUGCUAAUGGUUACGUGCUCAGCAGACCUGCUUGUUGGACAACUUUAUUUUUGUUUCUAAAAAUACUGGGGAAACCACCCAGGAAUUUGGUUUUAUUUUUCGAAUGUCACGGAAGAAACAAGCAGCACAGGCCCAGAAUGGAAACAAUGAGUCCCACGGAUAAACGGAUAAGGCACCAGAGAUGUCCGUGACAGUGGUUACCCUGCCGGUCUUAGGAACAAAUCGAAAGCGCUGAUACUGGAGGUCUGAACCCUGGCCCGGUACUGUGCGUGGUCUGCAUCCCUAGCAGGUGGAUGUGCAUGGGCCCUGGGUUGAAGCCUACAAACUCCUCACACUUAACAGAUUUCCUUCUUGAUAGUGAUACAACUUGAAUAGCUAGCAAGCUUGCUAAGAACUCCUAGGUGUAAUGUUCGCUGUCAGACUGAUUAACUUUAGCCGUCUAGCUAGCUGGCUAACCUUGUUCCAUCGGGGUUUGCAUCAUUCCGUGAGAAACUUCCAGGUAACUGGCGAUAUAUAAUAACUACCGCUGAUUUUGAUAUUACUUUAGCUAGCUAAACACAAGAAGGUGGCAUGUAGCUAGCGUACAGUGUGACUUCAUAUGCGAUAGCUAUCAUGCUAGUGAUGCAAUUAAGAAUAGCCAACUAGCUAUGAGCUAACUAGGGCGCUACGAAGAAACUGGUUACAUUAAACUGUAGGCUAUCUGUGAUUUUUGUGUGUGCGUUAAACCGCGUCAGUGACAUGACUUAUGAAUCUGAUGGAUUUUAACCAUAAACUUUAAAACGGACUAUGAGAGACUUCAUUCCUACUAACCUGGAAAAUAAAUGGGCUAGGGCGUUACUAAAAAAUACGUAGUUUGCGGGCGAAAUAGUUGCUCUGGUGUCACCAGUACCGCAGCAUGAAGGUACAAACUCAUGCAAGUGUUAGAAUUGAAACUUGUAACUCAAAUGCAUCUCUACAUGACGCAGUGGAGCGUAUUGAAAUGACAAAAACAUUAGACAAACACAAUUAUUUGCACAACCCUGAAUAUGCAUCCCGGGUUGAAGCGGAGACGGGGUCGCAACCCACUCCUCGCAUUUUCUCUUCAUCAACAUUUAUUAGGACUGAACUAAAUUGCACCCCUGAGGAGCUCAGCAAUGGGACAUUGACUGAACCGUUAAAAAACCCGGGCUGUGAGGAUGAGAGUCGGGAUGGAGAUGAUGUGCCUCAAAUAUCAAAGGAUUGCAAAUAUACCGCAAUCAGCGAGGACGAGGACCUCAGCUACGAGCUUCAGCAAGCCUAUAGAAUAUUUCAUGGAUUUCUCCUAGAAAAGCACAAGGCAAUCACAGCCCCGUUCAUGCAACCUAUGAACACAGAGGAUCACGUUGAUAGUGACCGUGUCCAGCCGCCAAUGUGGUUCAGGAGGAUUGAGGAGAAAUUCAUCAACAAGGAAUACGAGACUAUCACGGAGUUUGUGGCUGACUUCAGGCGGAUGCUAGAGAACUGUUACAGGAUUCAUGGCGUCGACCACUGGAUCUCCAAACAGGCUCAGAAAUUGGAGAUUAUGCUGGAACAGAAAUUGACAUUGCUGUCCAGAACCCUGAGAGAAAAAACGUCGCUGGCUGUCACCUCGAAGGGUCGCUUCGGGAUUGAAGAGGAAAAGGGGAUUGGAAGCACCUCCACGAGGCGACGCUCUAUGCCCCGCAACCUGUCCAAUUUAACAAUGGGCGCCAGUGAGUCCAUCAUGGUGCAGGCCCUAAGGCUGGAAGAGCAGCAGAGAGCCAAAGAGGAGAAGAGGCAGCGGGAACAGGAGAAGAAGGAGGCAGAGGAGGCGUCUGCUAAAGAGCUGGAGGAGUGGGAGCAGAGCCUGCUGGCCCAGGCCUCCCCGUGGUCCAUAGACACGCUGUGGGAACUGCCUGCAAUAGGCCACUUCCUGUGUCUGGCCCAGACGGCUCUCAACCUGCCCGAGAUCGUGUUCUUUGAGCUGGAGCGCUGCCUGCUCAUGCCCCGCUGCAGCACCUUCCUGGCUAAGGUCAUGACCUCCCUGCUCUGCCACCCCCAGAGACGGGCCACCCUGCACCGCCGCCCCACCCUCCCGUACCGACGCUGGGAAGCGGCUCUCCGGCAGAAGGUGCUGGGCUGGUACCGGGCGGUGGGACGGGCGGGGGACCCGGGGACCUGCGCCGAGCAGCUGGGCCUCUGCCCGCAGUUCUUCCGCAUCCUGGGGGAGGUCAGCCCCCUGGAGGAGAGACCCUUCCACCUGCUGCCGUUCAACAAGCGCAUCUGGCUGCUGAAGGGGCUGUGCGACUUUGUGUACGAGAACCAGAAGGAGGUGCAGGACGCGGUGCUGGGCCAGCCCAUCCACGAGUGCAGGGAGUCCAUCCUGGGCUAUGACGGGCGCGACAACGCGUACAUCCACUUCCCUCACUUCUGCGGGGCGGACCUGCGCAUCUACUGCCAGAGCCCGUGCUCUUCCCCCAACUUCCCCUUCCCGCCCAUCUGUGUACAGAGGCUGGAGUGGGAGGAGACGGACGGUGGAGAUGGGGAAUCCAAGGGUCACCGUGUUUCUACGGCAACAGGGCAGCAGGAAGUGAAAGAAGAGACUGACUAUUGCAGGGGUGUAGCUGAGGUGAAAGAGGACGAUUGUGACACCACAGGUGGCACAUUACACCGGUGGAGGCUGACUGAAGUCCUCGUGCAAGGCGGGGGAAAGGCUGCCUUUAAAACGGAGCUAGACCAGAAAGGGCAAAUCCACACCCACCAUCCCUGUAGGGAGGGGGACAACAAUCCCAGCACGAAAAAUUCAAAAGGAGGCUCUGUGGAGGCGCAAAACAACCCAGAAGUGAAGCAGGAAGGGUUUCUAGGGUGUGUGAAGAAGGAGUCCUGUGAACCAAGCCUACAGGGUAGAGAGGGACAAAAGAGCAGUAAGAGGACUUUUCCUGCUAAGUCAGAUGAGACAUGCGGUGUUGCGGUCUCGCUUCGCUCCAGAGAGGCAGAUGAAAUGAGUGCUAAGUCCCAGGACCCCUGCCCUGCGUGUGGCACCCACAUGAGCCCAAAGCAGGUACGCCAACACUGCUGCCAGAAGGAACCAGCACCCAAGACAGCCUUCACGGAGCACUCGCCACUCGAGCACUCACCGGCGACGAAGAUCAGCAGAUUGCGGACCAAGAAAAAGAAAAGAAAGAAAAAGAAAGUGAAGGAAGAGGGGACACAGGAGGAGCAGAGCAAACCAGGGGGGAAGCGGCACAACCUCGUCAAAGCUUUCAAGAACAACCUGAUGAAAGUAGCCACCACAGAAAAGAAAAAGGGCAAGAGGAAGAAGCGGAAGUUGGGCAAGAAGUUUGAGUCUAAAAAGGUUGCAGCAAAGAAGAGAAAAGCUGAUCCUAAACUCCCAGUUGAGCCUACUUUUCGGCUGGUGUGCACUAGUCUGGAGGAACUCAGGGAGCUGAUCGGCAAAACGGAGGACGAGCUGGAUGAGCUGGAAAGUACAAAGAAGAAAUCGGGGCGAUGGUACUUUAGAAGAGAAGCAGUGAAGGACCUGCACAUCACCCUCAUCAGACUGCUCAAUGAGCUCUCGCCCUGGGAACCCAAAUUGGUCAAGGCUUUCCAGAGGAACAGGGCACGUUUAAAAAAGGAUUAUGAUGAUUUCAAGAAGCAUCCCGACUACAACAACUUUGUCCGAGAGGAGUGGACUGGGGAGGAAGGGGAUGCAGUCUUGGGCAAAGACAGCCAUUCAUCAUCCACUGAUAACACCAGAGUGACUGAGGGAGAAGACAAACAGGACCAGACAGCUAAGAGGGACCCAACAGCAGAGGACACUAAGCAGCAAGGAAUGGAGACAAUGGGAAGGACCCGGGCAGCUAGACGUGAAGGUGUUGUCUCCGAUGAGCACAAACUACCUUUGAGGAACUCAAAAAGGCGACACAGUGCAAGUACAGAUGAAGAACUGACUCCCAUCAAGAAAAACAAGAAUAGCGGUGAGGAACAAACAGAUGAAACGGCGAAGGAGGUGAAUGCUGCUGCACAGAACCUUGCCACAGAAACCUCCAAGGUUACGACACCUACGGCUGUUUUCUACAAGGGCUCCACGCCCAUCCAGGCCUUGCUAGCCAAGAGUGUCGGGAACAAAGUGACCUUAAUCAGUCAGCCAGCGGCAGCUACGAUCAUGGCCAGCCAGGUGCAAAACAAGCCAGCUGUCUCCCUGCAAACAACCAAACAGUCAGCAAUCCCAGGACAGGCACUGCAACCAGCACCCACACCAAAGAGUCCUGCGCACACUACGCCUGGGGGCUUGGAUCUACUCAGGAAGAGCAGCACCAGUCCAGUGAAGAUUGCAGUUCAGCCAGUGCUGGAUCAGAAAACCGGGGAGAAAAUCUUGCAGCAAGUGGUCAUCCUACCUUCUAACCUGCUUAUCCAGCAGCAGAAGAUUCCUGUUCCUGUCUCCAAAGUAACCGUUCCACUGUCCAGCUCUUCUUGCUUCACUAGGGCAGAUGAUACUAACAAGAUUCCCAUACAACAGGUAGCUCCACUGACCGGGGCUUGUAGCAGAAGCCCAUCUACAACUACCAUUUCCCCUAGUUUGCCAACUUCUGUAACAUCCACUUACAUGGGUGCCUCCAUCUCCAAAACACUUAGCACUCAGAAUGUAGUUAAAACUAGAUCCCCUGUCACUAGUGGCACAUCAACAAAUUCUAGCAGUCCUCCCGACUCAAAGCAAGAGCUUAAGACUGUAUGCAUCAGGGACUCGCAGUCAAUCCUCGUCACCACGAGAGGGGGUAACACAGGGGUGGUCAAAGUUCAAACCUCUGACCAAAAUGUACCUGGCUCCUCACCUCCAAGCCCUGUCAUCACUAUUUCCCCACAAUUCCAAGCGUUCCUAGUUUCCAAGUCCUGUUCUCCUACAGCCUCUGCUCCGCCAGCCCUUCCCAGCACAGCUACAGCUGUGACGGCACAGACUUUCAGCAAAUCUGCAUCCUUUGUUAGCCCAUCCCAGGCUCCCUCUACUAUUUCCAUUCCAGUCAGUGCAAGUCAGGCAGGAGGGACUAUUGUGAGCUUUGCCUUAAGCCAGCCCUAUAAUGCCUAUAUUCCUUCUCCAUUAAUUGCAAACAAAUGUAACAAAACUGCCCAGCAUUCAGUUGUUACCAAUCCAACUUUGGCAGCAACUCCUCAAAGUAACGUCAGUGUCACAUCAUCCUGUGGUAAAAGUGGCAUGAUAAUCACUCCAGCAUCUUUGGUGCAGUAUGCCUCCAAACCCCCAGUUAAGCGGGCUCAAGCAGAUGAAAGGCUAGCCGAUAGGCCUCCCUUCCAGAAGGUCAUCCUUGUCUCUCCACCUUCAAGCAUAGCUACGUCUCUUGGAGCAUCCCAAGCUGUCCCCUGUACUGCUUCCCCUGCUGUCUCAGCCCCUAGGCUGAUGCUGAUAAGUCAAGCGCCUUCAUCUGGUGACCGCUCUGCAGUUAGCAUUCCAAAACCGACACUAUCCACUGACACCAAGUCAGCAUCCUUGACCCCGGCAUCUCAAGUCAUGGACAUGAAGGUUGGACUCAACCUUAGUCAAAUCAUCAGUAACAGUGCUACCAGCACCAUGCAGAAAGUCCAGACCAUCGGACUACUGCCAGAUUUGACAGCCCAGUUACCGACAGAGGCCUUGAACUCAGGCAAGCAAGUCCGCCUGCCUACAGCAGAAUUGGCAGCAAAAAGCUCAUGCAUAAAUGUACCCAGACCAGGACUUGCUGCAAAUGCAUCAGGCGGUCUGAUUCUUGUUCAGGCUACCAGUACACCCGCUGGCAUUAAUGUUUCACCCUCAGGAAAUGUAGGUCCAGCUAAUGUUAGUGAACGACCUGAUGGGAAAAUGCUUUCAAUCUCCUCUUUUAAAACUGGGCAUUUAGCAUCAACAUCUCUUCUAGCAGCUUCUUCACAGCAAAGUGUCUCAUUGUCUAGCACCUCCUUAGUUUCUGCUGUGAGUGAUACAAAAAUAAGACAAGCUGUGGGAAGUGCUCCAAAGGCUAUUGUGACUACUUCUGUUGGUGGUCUCGUCAACAAAGAUCUAGCUUUAAUGCACAUGCCUCCGGCUAGGUCUCCUGCUGCAGGUGCUGUUCUUGGUAAACCACGAUUUCCAGCGCCACUGACAAAAUCCUUCCCUUUUAAAAUGUCUCCUCUCAAAACCCCUCCUUCUACUCAAGCCCAGCCCUGCAACACCCCCACCAAAAUGAUCAGCACCCCAGUUUCUGCUCACCAACCUGGACUUCCUGAUGUCAGCCCCCCAAAUGAACCGGCCACUACUGUGCAACAGAGGAUUGUGAUCAACACCACCACCCCACUCGCUCCUGGAACCCACAUCAUAAUCAACAACACAAGGUUCAUCGUUCCUGCUCAAGGUCUUGGGCCUGGCAGCCAUGUUCUUCUCAUAUCAAGCCCAGUUGUAUCUCUCGCUUCGUCUCUAGGGGCAAACCCUCCAUCCACAGCUCAGAAGGGUAUAAUGUCAACUAGUGCACAAAUUCCUGCUGUCUUAGCAACUUCAAGCCCAAGGAAGACAACUCCAAGCACACUGCCCCUGCACAGCACCUGUGGGCCACCACCAACAUCUCUGACUGAAAGCCCUUCAUCUGCUGCUAACACUCCACAUAAGACAACUACUGUAGGGAGGAGUCCUGUGAAAAGUCCUCUAUUAAUUAGUAGCCCCACUUCAGUUGCACAGGCUUCACAGUUCGUAAGACCUACAUCCCCUGCCCAACAAGGCUUGUCGAGUCCCAUGAGAACUGGAGCACUGUCUGCUGAUGGGAAGGGUAUGCCGAUUGCGUCAUUGCAGACUGUGGGUAACCACAUGCAAAACUCUAUUGUAAUGGCUGUCCAGACAACAGGAGGUUCACAGACUAACACAGUACCAGCAAAUUUGCAUACAGGACUUGCAAACACAUUACCUAAAAUGCAGCUUAUAUCAUCGGUGCAACCACUGGGAAGUGUCAUUUCCAGAACACAGGCAUUUUCAACAGCCACUACACCUCCAAUAGGAAGCACGGUCUCCAGAAUGCAGUCUGUGCCUGUUGCGACUGUCCCACCUACUGGGAGUGUCUUCAGCUGGAGACAGGCCUCCCCCAUUGCAACUAUUCAACCAUCCAUGACUGGUGUUAUAAUGGCUCCAGGUCAACUAGCCAAGCCCAUGCAAUCGGAACCCAUCAACAUGCCACAAGCUUCAUCCAAUCCCUCGCCUGCUGCAAGCAAGCAGGUCGCUUCGUCUGUUGUACUGGCAAGCUCCUCAUCUAGUAAAAUCCUAGUGAGUCCAGACGGUGCUGUUUUGAAUGUCAUCAGAAGUUCUGCCCUCUCUGGUUUGCCAUCAGUGUCUAAGGCUUUGGCAACAGUGGUGGUUACGACCAGUUCCAAUACAGGCAGGGUACUGCCAACACUGAAGACUGAUUCCCUGUUGUCUACACAGGCAGAAAAAGGAGAGCCCAGUAACUGAAACAGAAGGCCAAUAUCCUUGAGACUUCUUCAGAUUCCAACCUUUUCCAUAACAGGAUUCUGUUCAGCGAAUAGAAUUAAAUACAAUUGUAUUUGGAAAUCAUUCUCCCGUUUUAGUUUUUUUUAUGGGGAGCGGGGAGUGGAGCAGCACACUGAAGCUUGACUGUUUUUUUUUUGACCUUCAGUAUCUUACAUGGCGGUACUCUUGGACAUUGGCAUGUAAGAAAUCCCAUGUAGCUUCUAACCCAUCAGUCUCUGGAACAGUUUGGUAAAACAUUCAACAUUUGUGUGAGAUUUAUUUAAUUGAUGUGUUUUCUAUUUCUUAAAGCAAAGAAUUUUAAUAUUCAGAAAGAGACAUUUUGGGGAGGGGGGCGGGGGGGGGUGCCUUGUCAGAAUUGAAGAUAACUCAAGUUACUUGGAGAGGAAACUUCUAAUGGCCAGUAUACAUAUCUUUAUGUACUUUGCUAGCUGGGUAGUGUUUUUUUCUAUUCAGUUUGUAUUUGAGAAGGUAGCUAAGCCAGGUAUGAAUGUUUUGUAGCAUUUUACAUUGACAUUAAACCAUUCUUUCAUGACUAA